AUGCCAAUCUUCGUUGGGCUGCGGCAAUUUAGAGACACCGUCUGUCCAAGAGGGGGGCCAAAUAUCUCGCUCACCAAGAUGUAUGGGGCCCGGCGGGAGAAGACCAUGGCGAAGCGAACCCAUGGUCCCCAAAUAACUCGGAUGGAAUGUAGUGUGAUCCUUCGCCUGGCAGAUAAUAGCCUUCUACAAGAAGAUAUUGCAGACUUUGUGAAAGCUCAGGCAAGUCCGACAGUCACUAUAGCGGUUCUCCCAACCGAAAACCGUACCUACAGCACUGGACCCAGAGGAUCACGUCGUCUUCGACGUGCAGCAGCAGCGUUCAUGACUGAGGAGUUCCAGGCCCGGGAGCCCUAUUUACAUUCCUCAACCGUUGUACAACGGUUCAAUUUCGACACUCUCAAUCGAAGCAAUGCGCGUGUAAUUGGGGUGCCGUACGAGGGCAUAGAAGGGUACUCUAACCUCGAGGACCUAUUUCACCCUGAGGUGAAUAAAAUGGCUCUAGAGUCUGCGUUGCGCAAAGCAGAAGACGAUGGUAUCACCGUCCGUGCCCUUUUGGUUUCCAAUAAGGUACUAUGUCUGAUUUCCCAUCCUCCUAGUUCACUGUCAUCUAUUUGUGAAUGCGGCAAUCGCGACUCGAUCUCAACCCUCUCUGCACUGGCACUUGAUCUUCGCGACAUUAUUGACCUCACUCUUCCACAUGUCCUGUAUGGCGCAAGCAAGGACUUUCGGGCCAAUGGCUUACGGCUUGGAUUGGUCUCCACAAAGAACGAGGGCAUCAUAGCGAAUAUCUCUAACGCGCAAUAUUUAGCAUGUCUCAUGGUCGCCAUGCUCGAGGACAAGGCAUGGAUGGACAACUUUAUGUGCAAGAAAACCAGUCUCAUGGUGGAGAACUACCGUAUUGCCACAUCCUUCUUCCGUGGACAUGGCAUUCGUUUUUGCGAGUACCUUCGCCAUCCACUGCUAGGCAAGCCUAUCGCACCGCAGUCAGACUACAGGCAGCUGAGGAUUACGUUGCCAGACUCGCUUACAUGA